UUCUUUUCCCUACAUCAUCUCUUUCUUCUUUUCUUCUUUCUUAUCGCUGUAUGCUUCUAUUUCUCUAUAUAAAAUCUAAUCUCUUCCAUUCCACCUUUCAACUUAUAAAUAUAUAUACACACACACAUAUUACAUAUUACUACUCUUUUUCUACAAAUUCACUUCCACAUUUUCUGAAACUAAAAUAAGAAAGAUGGGAUUACAAAGCCAGCUGAGCGACGUGUCCUCAGAUUCGAUCCCGCUUCUUCUCGUAGCAAUAAUCGCUAACUGCGUCGGUUAUCUCCGAAGACUCCUCUUUGGUUCCCUCCAUUUGAUUGGCCUUCUCCCUUGCCCAGACCAGCCCACUACCAUCGACGAUGUUGGAGUCCUUGGCUCCGGCCUCGCCAGUCUCAUCGUACUCGCCGAGCAGCUCAACUUAAACAAGGCUUUCUCCUACAAAUACUGUGGCGGCGGGGGAGGAAAGGGCUCUGAUUGUGUUGUGUGCUUGUGCAGCCUAAGAGAUGGGGAGCAGGUGAGGAAGCUCGAUUGCUGCCAUGUAUUUCAUAAGGAUUGCUUUGAUGGUUGGCUUGAUCAACUAAAGUUUAACUGCCCGGUUUGUCGAUCCCCUCUCAAAAUCGAUCAGCGCGUCGGUUUCACGCGGAGACGCGUCGGUGAAGAUUUGCUUGCCUGGUUUUCUUUGGGUUAAUUAGAUUCCGACCAAGAUUUUAGAAAUUCUGGUAUUUUUGCCCCCCCCCCUCCUUUUCUUAGGUUCCGGCUGGAUUGGGUAUUAUUUUGUUUUCAACUAUUUGUUUUGAGAGGGUUGUCAUUCAACUUUCUUUCUUACAACUAUUUUUCUUUUUCUUUUUAGAACCCUUUUUCUCCAUCGUAGGGUUUUUUUUUUCCCUUAGGAAUUUUUUUGAAGAAUUUUCUUUUUCACUGCUGUAAAUAGUCCUUUUUUAUUUACUUUUUUGUAUUUUUUUUGUCCAAUAAGAAAAUAGUUAUCUUUGUGUACAAA